AUGACGGCUUCGACUGGUGUUGCGAACCGUGAGGAAGUUGUAAAAUCUACCAACAACUUUCCGGUUCACACUCGUAGGGUCUUUGCUAGCUUUUUAUUUGUUUUCGAACCUAAGCAUGAUAUUGCACUGGCUGAGCCGUUGCGGGCCGUUCAUCCAGGAGCGGCAUCAGCGGCCGAAACGCACCCAGAAAAUUCCAGUCCGCCUCCUCCCGGGCACAAGAGCCUAACUUAA